UCUGUCGUAUUCAUUACUGAUUAAAUUUUUUUUGAAUAUAGCAAUGGAUGAUGAAUUAAAUGUAACAUAUAUAACCCUUGAUGGUUAUGUCGAACUUAAGCGAUGCGGAUAUCUAUAUUUUUUAAUUAUGGUUGCACUUUAUGUUUUAAUAAUUAUAAGUAAUUCAACCAUUGUGUUCCUGAUCUGCAUUCAUCGAAAUCUCCAUGAGCCUAUGUACAUUUUCAUUGCAGCUUUGUCAGUGAACUCAGUUGUCUUCAGCACUGCGAUCUACCCAAAACUCUUUGUUGAUGUUCUAUCCGAAAAACAGGUGAUUUCUUUUUCAGCAUGUCAAUUUCAGCAUUUUAUGUAUUACUCAAUAGGUGGCUCUGAUUUCUUACUGUUAUCAGCAAUGGCAUUUGACAGAUAUGUGUCUAUAUGUAAGCCUUUAAAGUAUCCAGUCAUUAUGAGACAAACAACCAUCAAUAUUUUGCUAUUUGUAGCUUGGUUUUUGCCUGGCCUUCAAGUUGCAGUGUCGCAUGCAUUAGUUCUUAAUAAUAAACUCUGUAAUUUCACUUUGAAAGGGAUUUUUUGCAAUAAUUUAUUGUGGAAACUUUACUGUGAGAGCCCACGAACAGCAUUAAUUUACGGUUUAAUUGUGUUGCUAAAUGUUGCUAUUUUUCCUGUGUUGUUCAUACUUUUCACCUAUGCAAAGAUUUUUCUAAUAACCUACAGAAGCAGUAGAGAUAUCCAGAAAAAAGCAGCAGAGACUUGCUUACCUCACCUGUUUGUUUUAAGCAUUUUUACUACUUUUUGUGCAUAUGAUGUCAUUAUAGGUCAAUUAGAAUUUGAUUUUCCAAAAACUGCACAGUUAAUAAUGACUUUACAAGUGGUUUUGUAUAACCCUCUCUUUAAUCCGUUUAUAUAUGGUCUGAAAAUGAAAGAAAUCUCUAAACACCUAAAAAGGUUGUUUUGUCAUCCAGAGGUCCCAAUUGCCUCUGGCCCUGCAUCUGCUCCAGCUGGAGGGCCCAAGGGGCCCAUCCAGCCUCAUGCCUCGUCAGCUGGAGGGCCCGAGAAGCCCGUCCAGCACCACGCCUCGUCAGCUGGGGGUUCAGGAGAACCCAGCCAGCACAUCCUCAUGUCUGCUUACAGUCCGGGGAAGUCCGUUCAGCCACCGCCUGCUGUAUCAUCCCCUGCGACUUCCACACCGUUGCCUGCAGCAUCAUCAUCAGCUACUUCCACACCGUCGCCUGCAGCAUCAUCAUCAGCUACUUCCACAUCGUCACCUGCAGCAUCCCUGCCUGCAACCUCCACACCGUCGCUUGCAGUGUCAGGUUCCGCAGCCGCCACGCUGCCGUCAGGUUCCGCAGCCGCCACACUGCCGUCAGGUUCCGCAGCCGCCACGCUGCCGUCAGGUUCCGCAGCCGCCACGCUGCCGUCCAGGUCCAGCCUGUGUGGCUUCAUUCUCGCCUGGUCCCGCCUCGUCGGCUUCAUCCACGUCGGCUUCAUCCACGUCGGCUUCAUCCACGUCGGCUUCAUCCACGUCGGCUUCAUCCACGUCUGGUUCUGCGAUUGCUACACCAUCAUCAGAUCCAGUUUGGCUUGUACCACCUCGCCUUUGCCCGCCACCUUCCAGGCCUCUACUUGGGUGUCAAGGGUGGCCUCUAGACCUGCUCUCUCGCCGCCGCCACUGCCUUCCGCGUGGCCGGCCUCCGGACCUGUUUGGUUGCCGCCACAGCCUCCUAAUUUGCUUUGCCUGCGUCGCAGCCGCUGCUGCUGUCCGCGCGGCCGGCUCCCUGAACUGUUUUUGGCCCCAUGUUGUCUACCUUCGGGUCGACCCCAAGUUUGGUGUUGA